AUGUCAUUUUCUGAUUUUAUUAAGUUCCAAGGGAAGCGCAUUCUACGUGCAGAUGAACCAAUAGUUGAAUACAUUUUUGAAAAGGAUGCUAUUAUUGAAAAAGCUCCCUUCAAAAUGCAACAAUCUGACCGUGUUUCUCUAAUAUUAGAAGGAAUAACCGAUAAUAUUUGGGCAGUUCCGAUUGCAACGGCAAUGUGUUGUUCCGUACAAGAACUUAUUGAUCAUGCAAUUCCCUUAGAUACAAUACGCAAAUUAAGUACAAGUAAACCAAUAGCGAACGUAUCUAAAGGUAAUGAUUUUUUAAAAGUAUCAAAACAAAUUCAUCGUUAUAACCCAGCAGUGGACAAAAAAGAAGAACAAAUUUGUUUUAAUUGUCAAAAAAAAAAGGUCAUGUUAGUUAUGAUUAAUAGUGAUUAUUCUUCACCUCCAAAAGUAUCUCAAAUUCCAGUGACUAUUAAUGGCAACAUAACAAUAGAUGCUUUACCAGACAAUGGUUCUUGUGUAACACUUUUGAGGAAAUGUUUUAUUCCUGAAAAUACUAUUAUAUAUCCUUGGCAAAAUGGAACCUAUGCGACACCAGAUGGCGAUUGUACACCAUGUGGAUGGAUAACAUUAAGAAUCGAAGUAGGUAAGAUAGAUUAUACUAUGCCUAAAGUUGGAGUGUGUGAGUCGUUACCAAUAGCAAUAAUACUUGGGCGCGAUUGGCAGUCAGCAGUACAUGCGACUAUGAUAAUUGAACCGAACGGAGCAAUUUGUAUUACUACUCCUACUUCUACACAAGAAUUUGGCUGUGUUAAAGCAAAUGAUUCUUUUGUUGGUUGUAUAGUGGAAUCACGUUUUUCUUCUAAACCACUUAUUUCAAAUUACAAAGAAGUUAAAAUUGAAAAAUUGGAACAACAAGACUCAGAUAAAAAUGCUGAUACAUUUUUAACCGAAGAGCAAAAUGAAAAACUGCAAAAUAUUUUGGGCAGUUUUGAAGACAUUUUUUCUACUCCAAAGUCGGAAAUUGGUGAAUUUCCUAACUUAGAAAUGGAAAUUAAAUUAUCAGAUCAUAAACCUUUAAAAUGCAAGCCUUACAGAAUCACUGAACUUGACAGAAUAUUCAUGAGUGAACAGGUAGACAAAUGGGUUGCAAAUAAAGUAUGUCGCUAUUCUAACUCUCCUUAUGAAGCACCCGCAUUCGUUAUAGAACAACCUUUUAAUGCAUCAACUCCUAAACGUGUAGUUAUUGAUUAUUCUCGUACUAUUAAUCCAGUAACUAUAAAAGAUCCGUUUCCUAUUGAUCAAAUGGAUGAAAUGAUAAAGAAAUUAGCUGGUAAAAAGUAUAAAACUGUAGUUGAUAUUAAACAAGCGUUUAACAACAUUAAAAUAAAAGAAGAAGAUGUAUUCAAAACAGCAGCAGUGACACCGGAUCAUCAUAUUGAAUUUACUCGAGUAAUAUUUGGCCUUUCCAAUACACCUGCUAUACUUGCUCGAGCAAUAUCAGAAGCAUAUGGUCAUUUACAACAAAUUGGUUUGGUAAAAUAUUAUGAUGACAUUGGUGGUGGACAUGAUGUAUUUGAAGAGCAUUUG